GGGCUAAAAUGUGUGUACAUUUAAGACGCUGGGAAGAGGAGGAGGUUUCAUGCGUAGUAAAGGGAUGUUGAAUUAAACCAUAAAUUGAGCCGUUUUUGUUGCCAAACUAUAAGGUGUGCCUCCCCGUCUAUAUUUUCAGCGGGGUGUUUGGCGUCAGUGAUCAUGUCUGUGCUAUUUUUUUAUUUUUACAAAUCAAUCUGAUAGAACUGUGCGUGUGCUUGCUUAUAUAUAUUAUUUUUGCAUAUCAGUGUGCAUCAUUGCUUUUCUGUCAUUGUUUAUGAAUGCCUGGAUUUUUUUGUAUAGCUGUUAUUUUUUAUAUAUACACGUAUUUACAUAUUAACAGCUACAGGUUUCUAUUAACUAGUAUAUCCAAGUGCAUGACUAAUAAUAAGGCAAGUAAAUUGUUUUAUGUUAUAUAGAUGUUGAUUAUAGUGCCUUUUGCAUGUUAGAUAUCAGCCUGAUAACUAAUAAGUGAAUGUACCACACGUGUGAUUGUGUGCCUUUGCAGUUUGCUGGCAAGGUGAGUCAGACAGUAAAUGUUCAACAAUGUGUUCAGGAAGUGGUUGGUCAGCUGGCGUGUGACUGUGACCGUGCGUCUGUCCAUCUGGACUGGUCGUUGUGCCUACAAUUCAGGCCUGAUCCAUGACAGAGUACUAUGAGGAAGGGGGGCUGCUGUAUGAGCAUUCACCCCCCAUGCACAUCAAAGUAGAGUCUCCUGAAGGACCCAUUGAAGCUGGGGUCUCAGAGGAUGGCCUCACGAGGGAGGAUGACGAUUCCGAGGGCAGCUGUGACCAUGACGGAGCCCUGCCUGGUGGGCUCCCUUUCAAUGUGGUGGUUGUACACCCCAAUAUCGUGGUUCCAGUGAUGCCGACAGAUGAUGAUAUCAUAUCUCUUGAACAAAAUAGCAAUGUCUCUGCUGCAAUUGCAGCUGGAGGUGGGGGGAAGCGGAAAAGCCGCUUCAGUGGGGCAGAGCUAGAAGUGCUAGUAUCAGAAGUGACCCGGUGCGAGGGGGAGCUCUUUGGGCCGGCAGGACGACUCCGACGUAGGGAAAGGGAACAGAUCUGGGGCAGCAUCCUUGAUCGAGUCAAUGCUGUCUCCCGUGUUCCCCGCACACUUCGUGAGGUCAAGAAGCGCUGGGAUGAUCUCAAAAGACGCAACGGAGGCAGGCUGGCUGAUGCUCGUCAUCGCAGUUACUGCUUGCCACCUGGUAGAGGAUUGUCUAGCCUGAACAGAUCCAGGCAGACAAGCCCCAAGCUUCAUCAGGCUCGGCAGAGAAUAGCAAACAGGGCAAAAUCCACUUAUCCCUGCUUCACAGAUGCUGAUGCAGGAACAGGGAAUGGAUCCGAAAGAGAUGGCUUUGAGAACGAGGAUGAGGCAGGAGGGAGAGGCGUGGAUGAAGGAGAGGGAGAAGGCGAUGGAGGCGAAAGCAGCAUAGAGGACAAACUUGGAUUGGGAUUGAGUCUAGGACUGGGGCUGCCUACGACAUCUGAACGCUGGUUGCCUCCCUCUCCACUAUAUAGUGCUCCAUUUCUUAAUGGGACCCCACAGCCCAGCCCCCAGCCAUCCAUCGGGACACAGCAUGAGCCCCUGGAGGCUCCAACACGCACCUCCUGGCUAGAGGAUGAACUCAGGGGGUUGGGUGAAGCGGCAGUUCAGCUUGGGAACAGGGUGGAACAGAGUCUACGGGAAUUUGGGGAAGGUUUUAGACAUGAUGUGCGAACACUGGUGGCCUCACAAGAAAGCCUCUGUGUCAGCCUUCAGCAAAAUAAUGUGCUUCUACAAAGGCUUUUGGGUAUUCUUGAGAUGCAACAGCAGCAACAAGCAUCUAACAUUCAUCCUCCCCCUACAGUAUCACCAGUAAUGCCACCUGUAUCACCCCCCCCUGAAAACUUAGAUGGUAACAUCCAACCUAGUCCAUCAGUAGAAAUAUCUGGGACAGUACAACAGCCGCGGCGGGGGCGGUCAGGUGAGCAGAGAAGGCGACGACGGCGUUAGCAACAGUACAUUUUUUAAAAUGCUAUCAUUUAUUUUUGUUUAGUAUUUAAAUAUAACAGAACCAUCACAAUGUUACCCCAGUGUUACCAAAGUCAUCUUCUCAGUCCAGCAAUGCCUUUUACUCCGUAGAAAACAUUUUGAUUUAAAUCGAAUGUCAGUGUUGGGAAAGAUCUAAUUUAGGUAACAGAUGUUAUUGUGAAUAGACAAUCAGAAUUAUAUUUAAUUAAAAUAUUGAUAUAUUUAAAGUAUUUUUUCCCCAUUUUGAUGCACUUAUUCACUUUGGCCAAUGAUAUUUCAUUGUCUGUUUUCUUCUGAUUUCUGAUUCAUGCAUAUUAAUUGUGUUGUAUGCACUGCUGUCCUGCAUGCAGUCUCCAGCCGGAGAGAAUAAAAUGCAAAGGACCUCCAAAUAAAUUUCACACUAAUGUACUAUUUUGCACAAUUUGUAUUGUCUUGUUAAUAAAAAAGAGCAUUUGAUUUCUUAAGAUGUAUAUGAUUAUGUAAGUGUAAAUAAACAGCCCUGACAUAGCGUUA